AUGAGAACUAGAGUUCGUCCACAUGACAGCGGUGCCAAGAAGAUCAGAGAAAACAUCUACAAAAGAGAUGUUUUUGGAAGAACAGUACUUCAUGUUGCUGUUCUCUGCAAUCAACCCGACCUUCUAGGUCAAGUUUUGCGGUAUCCGGAGGCAAAACUGAUUCUUUUGGCUACUGACUGUGAAAAUGGAUGGAACCUACUUCACUACAUCUUGUAUCAUAAGCGGAUUCGAUGUCUUGUUGUGCUUUUAGACUAUUUGAAGAGAAAUUCAAUUAAUAACCACUCGACCAUUCUCGAGCUUCUCAAGAAGAAGGAUCGCUGCGGCACACCUCCCAUCUUCUUGCUACAGAACGAUAUCAAAGAUUUCGUGUGGUUGCCAAUCUAUGUGAACGAGAAAAGCGAAUAUCACCUUGAAAAACGCUUUCCUGAUAAUAGGCAAGAGAAUUCAAGUCCAAGAAAGAGAAGAUCGUGGCAAAUUGACCAUCUUAUGUGGAAUGAACAGAGAGGAGGCUCAGAUAUAUAUGUGAUGGGGUCUAAUGUCAAUCAUUCAUUGGGAGUGGUCGGUUCAGCUGGUACCUCUGCUCCGGUGAAGCUCCCUCACUGUGCUUUUCGAGAACCAAGUCUAGGCUUACAACUGUUUCUACGCAAGACUCGGUUCAAGGAUGUAAAGAUCUCAAAGUACCAUUCUGUACUCUUGACUACUGAUGGGCGGAUAUUUACUUGUGGCCUAGCAUCCAUGGGAAGGCUAGGGACUGGAAUAUCGAGGGACAACUAUCAAUUUACAAAAGUGGAUUUGUUUGAGAAGGAAAAGAAAGAGGUAUCUCUCUUUGCCAUUUCAACGGGACACAACUUGGCGUUGACUUCUUCGAAUGAGGUUUACUCUUGGGGCCUGAAUGAGUAUUGUCAGUUGGGAUUCUUGUCAUCUGAGGUGGCCUUCUCUAAAAAAGGUACGAGAGAUUUCGAGGGAAUCCCAUCUCCAGUCGUGAAUGGAGACUUACGUAAAGUCAAUCGACCAAUUAUUGGGUUGGCUGCGAGCAAAAUCCACUCUAUCGUAUACACCUCAGACUCAAUAUUCACGUGGGGUCUUAAUAUUGGGCAAAUGGGCUUCCCCCCGGACAAUUCUCAUCAACAAAGCUGUAACUUAAACGGAGUCGUGUACAAGGGAAAGAUAGUGAAUCAACCAAGGGCUAUCGCUUUUAAGGAACGAAUUAAACUCGUCACAACUUGUGAAACUGCUACUUGUGUUGUCACUGAAGCCAACGACCUUUUCGUCUUUAUCCUGAAUCAUCGAUUCAAACUACCCAAAUUACCAUUGAGAUCUGGCAAUGACGCCUUUGACAUUUACAAACCAUCCCGAUUGACGAGUGCACCUGUUGUUCAAAAAGUUGUUAUGAGAGCGCCAGAGAAUGUAAUCAUACUUCUUGAAAGUGGUGAUGUAUUGACCUUCUCCAUCAAUACCAAUAUUGAUUCCAAAGCUGCAAAAAAUCUCAACUAUUCCUAUUUGUGGAGAGCUUACGAUACACAUCUCCGAGCCGUUGAUAUCGAUGGCUCUUAUGAUGGCUCCAUCGUACUUUGCACGAGAGACGGCUCUGUUUUCAGGAAGGAAAUACACCCAGGACUGAGUAGCAUGAAACUGUCAGUUAUGCCUUCAUUAAUCGCCAUUAAGAAUAAGUACAAAAAAGUCGAGGGUGUGAACAAGGUAGUUCGAGUGACUUGUGACGAACUCUUCACCUCAUUUGGUUUUGUGAGAGAUGAAGUUGAUAUGCUCCCUUUGAAACUCCAAAAGAACGAUUUUAGGAAGGAUUUGGCUUACUUGAGCAUCAUGAAUGAGGCAGACGCAUACCGCAAACAGGAUCAGUUGUUAGAUUCUGAUCAUCAUUUGAACUGUUACGUAACUGAUUACCUGAUUCCCAUGCUCCCCAAAGCUAAGGGUAAUCUGUUGCUCGAUCAAAAAUAUGAGCAUGAUGACGUGGAUGAUCCUCGUCGUGAUGACAUAAAUGAUAACUUCAAGAAAUAUUACAACUCGAAGCAUUUGUUUUCGUCCUCGAGACAUCCCAGUUUGGAGCAAGCAUAUCAGUCUGUGGAUGAUGAUGAUGAAUUUUCAAGUCUUUACAAAUUACUUGAUUCAGAGGCCAUUCUUCGAACAUUUUUGAAGACCGAGAGCUUCACCGAAAAAAUGUACGAUUCUUUCAUUGAGUUCAAUGGAGAUGCAGAUCUCAGAGUUGGAUUUCAUAGAAAAAUUCUCAAAUGCCGUUCGGAGUUUUUCCACAGAAUCAGCCGUCAAGAUAGCUCAUCUGAGUACUUCAUUCAUGAUUUCAUCAAGGGAUAUUAUGAUACAGGCAGAAACGUCUUGGUUUUUGAAACUGACGUUGAUUUACGGGCUACCCUUAUAUUCCUACACUUCAUUUACACAAAUCGUGUUAUUAAGUUUUGGGAUGCAUAUCCAUCUGGCCUGGCGUGUCCGACAUCGAUAAAACGAACCAAAGAACACUUUCGCUUCCUAAUGGAUCUUUUUCGAAUGGACGAAUAUUAUGGAAAAGACGAGCAGUUCAUCGAACUGUUUCGAGAAUGUACCAUGACGGAAUCGUCCGGCGAUCUCAGCAUACUCCUACAUGAUGGGCAAGUCCGUUGCGACUCCUAUUUUCUAGCGGCACGAUCGGCUUUUUUUGAAACGUUUUUAUCUGAAAGAUGGGACUCGCUUAGUGAGGGAAAUGGAAGUUUCGAAGAAGAGGAUGCGAAGUUUAUCAACCUCGAGGGAAUAAGUAAGACACAAUUCGAGGUAAUCUUGCGUCACAUCUAUGGAUGUAAUGACCUCAACGUUUUUGACGGUGUUCUUUCGCUUUUCAUAGGUGAUCAGGACAGCGACGAUUUUAUCAAUUUCUUGCUUGAUAUGAUCGAGAUCACGGAUCAACUACUAUUAUUACAGCUUAAGCAUUUGUGCGAGCUUGCGAUCAAGGACAUGAUCACAGUUGAUAACGCAUUAAUAUUGUUACAACAUGCUCACCACCUUUCUGCGUCUACUUUAUUUAAGUGCUGUUCCUGGAUUGUUUUUAACAAUCUCGAGAUUGUGAUUUUUGACGGGACACUCACCGAGCUUGAUACUGGGCUCUUAAGUGAAUUGGAACGAGAGCUCAAGUACUUACAACUUUUGAAAGACAGAGAAUUCGUGGUGGGUGAAUCAGGAGAGCUCAAUAAGUGUUUGUUACGCACAACAGAUGGACCCCAGGUAAGUGUUGAUGCUAUCAUGGAGUUUGGAGAUGAGUUUAACGAUUACUUUUUGACUUCUGACCUGAAAUUCCAACCUAUUUUUGACCAUAAGCCUGAGUCGUUGGAUCCAAGUGACGAGAAGAAGCAUAGAUCGUCCUCGAGAAGACACUCAAGGAAAGAAAGCAUGACUGAGUUACGAAAGGAGAUGGAAGCCAUUGGGUUGAACUCACGGCAGAAGUCUGAAGAUACAUCUGCAGUUGCAGAAGAUUCGGUUGAAGAGAAAGAGUUUGAAGUUGUCACGUCAAGAAGACGACAAAAGUCUAGGGGUUCAGUAACUGAAAUGAGUGAUUCAAGCAGGGAUAACAGCGUCAAUGGCUCAAAGUCUGUCAGUGCUAGUCCUCCUAUAUCUGUGCCUACAAAUGUAGAGCCUGUCAAUGACAGAUCUCAACUAGUAUGCUAUAGUCCGAGUGCUGCCCUCGGGCCUGUGCUUGGGGAUCUGAAGCAGCAAGGAUCAAAGCAAAAGACGAAGAUCAAGUUCACUGCCCCGAAGCCCUCACAGAAAGAAAGGAGGAGAGGUGAUCAGGCUUUGCUUGGUAAGUCAGAUGAAAAAACAACUGCAGCUAAUACCAAUGUUGCGCUGAAGAAUCCUUGGAAACCCAUUAGUACGCCACCACCUCGAGGGACUGACAGCCGGAGUAUUCAAAACUUACCGGUGCUUGGCAGCACAGUCGAGUCCUUCAGCCGCUCGAGUAGCUCAAUGACAGCCAUCAUGCUUGAAGAGGCGUUGAAUAAUGAAAACAAGAAGAAUGCAGAGAGCGAGAGAAGAUCCUUGCAGGAUAUCCAGCGAGAACAAGAGUUUGCGAAGUGGUGGGAAGAAGAGUCUCGACGCGUUCAGAAUGAGAUGAAAAUUCUGACCACACUGCGUGGGUCUACCUCUAAAGGCAGUGGCAGUAGAGGUGGCGGCAGAAGACGUGGCUCUCGCCAAAACGAACUGAAAAAGAAGAUCGCCACAUCAUGA